AUGAUCCGCGGAGGAGGAACCGGAGAAAGGACAGCCAAUGGCUCUGCCAGAAUUCAGCAUGCGCCAGCUUCUCGAAGCCGGCGUGCAUUUCGGGCACCAGACGCGGCGCUGGAACCCGAAGAUGCGCUCCUAUCUGUUCGGCGUGCGGAACGGCGUUCACGUUAUCGAUCUGGAGCAGACCGUUCCUCUGUUGCAUCAGGCGCUCGUCGCGCUGCGCGACGUCGCCGCAGGGGGCGGGCGCAUCCUCUUCGUCGGCACCAAGCGGCAGGCCUCCAAGCCGAUCGCCGAGACCGGCCGCCGUUGCGGCCAGUAUUAUGUCAACCACCGCUGGCUGGGCGGGAUGCUGACGAACUGGAAGGCGAUUUCGGCUCGAUCAAGACACUCGCCGAUCUCGAAUCGACGCUGGCCGACGAAGCCGCCGGCCUGACCAAGAAAGAGAUGCUGCAACUGGUCCGCCGCCGCAACAAGCUCGACCUCGCGCUCGGCGGUAUUCGCGACAUGGGCGGCGUGCCGGACGUGCUCGUGGUCAUCGAUACGAACAAGGAAGACAUCGCGAUUCUGGAGGCGCGCAAGCUGGGCAUCCCGGUCGUUGCGAUCAUCGACAGCAAUUGCGAUCCCGACCUCAUCACCCAUCCCAUUCCCGGCAACGACGAUGCGAUCCGUGCGAUCAACCUCUAUUGCGACCUGUUCGCUCGCGCGGUCAUCGACGGUCUUCAGGUGGAGCUCGCCGCCUCGGGUGCCGAUAUCGGCGCUGCCGAAGAGGGGCUGGCCGAGGAUCUGCCGCCGGCCGAUGGCGGCGCGACCGAGACGGCCGAGGAGGCGCCGGCCGAUGGCGCCGCGGCCCCCGAUACUCCCGCCGAUACCACCGCCGAUACCACCGCCGAUGCCGGCGCGGCGCCACCGGCGCCUGAGGCGCCUGAAGGCGGCGGUGAAGAACAGGCGGCGGGCGCAUGA